AUGAAGGCCAGAACAGGCAGAUCAAAAGCCGCGCCAUUAUCUGAAACCGCAGCGAAGAAGCGCAAGACUACAAGAAAAGCGUCAGUAUCCCAACAACAUCUAUCGCCCACCUUUUCCGAUUCUGAGCUGAUUUGGAUUUAUUCCUACAGUGCAAAACAGCGGCACAACGAAGCUGUGGCCGAGACGCAGAAGAGUACAUAUCUAGCCCCUAUUCCGCACUGGUGGGCCAUUCUUGAUCAUAUCUCUAACCUGAAGACAGUCCAGCUACCAUCACUCCCGCCAGCGAGAAGACAACAGCAAAGGCGCCUUGCAGGAAGCGCGCCUGACCAGCAGUCCAGCAACGAUAUUGACCUCAAAACCCAUCCGGUUUCCUUCUGGACUCAUAAUUACUGUUGGCCGAAAGAAUACUUCCAGGCCGACCACAGGACCGAGCGAUAUUUCACGCAGAAGAACGACAGCAUGAUUUCGAGCAACCCUAAGAAGAGGAAGAUAGUAUCUUACUAUUCGAGACCCGGAGGCAAAACGGAUUCCUUACGCGAAUAUCACGUAUCCAAGCGACUCGCCAAAAGGCGGGUCUACAUGAAAGAGGAAAGACACGGCAUCACGGACGAGAACAAGACUCUAUAUACCACACUCACGGAAAAGCCUCAGCAGCGGAUCACUGAAGUUCUUCCGUUCUAUGCUCCCUACUUCGAGGCGUUAUGUGAGAAAUUGCAGGGACGAAAUAACGCUCGAAUUCUCCAUGACCUUCUUCCGAUUCUGGCGCCAUCCGCGGAGAAGUUGGCCCUCCUGCCAGAGAACCAUCACCUCGAAAAGUUGAUUGAAGGGUACAACGAGCCUUGGGAUUAUGCCCGGCCACUCGAGAGGGCCCCGUCCGCAGCCGGACUAUUCAAUCAGCUCGCGAAGCUUUUCGCCAACUCCGAAGGCACGCCGACUCCCGGAUCGCCAUAUCUGGGCUCUUACUGGAUCUAUUUCCCGUUCCUCGCCUGCGAAGCCGCGUGCGGAGACGUGCAGAUUGCCGACCGCCAGAAUGCUCAUGCGGCAGGCAUUGCGGUCAUGGGUAUUGUUGAGCUAUUUAAACGAGUGGAGCGUGAGGCGGAGCUGGACCGGGAAUCCUCGCUUUUUCGAUUACUUUCGACAUCUCCCAGGUCAGGAUCUACGGCUAUUACCCGGUCAUUGUCAACAGGGAAGCGUCAGUCUAUAGACAUCCCAUUCAAGCUGUCCCGCUCUUUCCACAACAGUCGGGCACAGGGAGCGACACUGCAGCCCGGAUCGUCAAGAACAUCUACAAUAUCUGGAUGCCGAAGCACUUUGAGAGGAUUUGCUCCGUCAUCGAUCUACUGCCGUCACCGAGCGCUUUUGAAGUUUCUUUGCGGUCCAACCUCACAUUUCCACAGACCAGGACGCCCGUCGUCUUGCAUCAUCGAACGAACAAGCCCGGGAUACUCCCAGCUAGUUUCUCAGUGGUAA